CUGUUUGCGAUGGCGGUCUUCAAUAUUCUCAAGAUGGACUAUCCAGUUUAUGAAGGAGUUGGUUUACCAAAGAUGGCAACAUUUCUCGAGAACCCUGGAAAAACGAUACAAAAUAUCCAAGACUUAAAGCUCGGUCCGGAUGCAGUUAUUCUGGCUACGUUUCCUCGAUCGGGAACACACUGGGUGUACGAAAUUGUUCAUAUGUUGCAUAAUAAAGAGGCGAAUUAUGCUACAAAGUCCAGAGAGGCUGUUUUCUUGGAAGGUUUGUCAGACCUUGGUCCUCUGCAGUCUUAUAAUCAGGUCGUCAGCACACACCUUCCAUUCCAGUGGCUACCAAAACAGCACUUGGAGACAGGUGGCAAAAUCAUACAUGUCAUAAGGAACCCGAAAGAUGUUGUUGUUUCCUUGUAUAAAUUCUUGGUCUCUUGCAAUUCCAUAGAGGAAACAUUUGAAGAGUUCUUAUUUGGAUAUUUUUUAAAAGAAGAGGUGAUGUACGGCGGCUGGUUCGAUUACAACAAGGCGUUCAUCAGAGAGUCGGAAGCGCGAAAAGACCAAAUCAUCAUGUUGCAAUACGAAAAGCUGCAAAGAAAUACAAAAGAGGAACUCAAAAGAUUGGCCGAAUUCUUAAACGUAAAAGAUGCAGAACCAUUGCUGGAAGACAUAGCAGAGAAGUGUAGCUUUGACAGCCUUAAAACCUCUGAAAAAACAUCGCAAAAUGAUGAUACAAUGUCGGAUAUUAUGAAAUCCAUUCAUCGGAAGAACAAUCCCACCGUAUAUAGAAAAGGUAAAAUUGGAGACUGGAAGAAUCAUUUCACAGUAGCAAUGAGCAAAACAUUUGACAAGGCAUACGCAGAUAACAUGAGAAAUGUUGCAUUGGAUAUCGAUUUUGUCUAGUGUUAAAUUUAAAAAAAGGGAGUACAUAACAUUCGUAUUAUAUAUACAUAUUUAUGCAUUAUAACCUCAUAAGUUUUGGCUAGAUUUGUUUAUAGUUAGUUAUUAGUCUAUCCCUGUAAUUUACAUGUAAUGGUGUUACACACACUGUUUAGAGCUCAACAGUGUAUGAUACAAAAGACGAUUAAAAUCAAAUUACACACUUCUAUAUCAACA